AUCCUGGGGAGGAUCAGAAAAAUGAAGCCGCGCCCCGUUCAACAACAACAUAACCAUCCUUCUGUGCCAUCUUGUGGCGACUGCAGAGCUGCUGGCUUUCCAUUUUCUUCGGUUGGAUUGCUUGGUUCCCGGACACUAAUCUUGCUUGAAAGGCAGUUUUCCCACCCGAGGCGACGAGAAUAGACGGGCCCCUCAUGGAAGCCAGUGCAACCUCUGUUGCUGCGCGCCACCUUUGAGCCAAAGACCCAAGAAGUGCCUUCAGGGCUGGAAGGAGGACACACGUGAGGCAAAAGAUGACGGUGGGAAUUUUUGAAAACUGUGUAUUCUUCCUGAAAGUGAAAAAAUUAACCGUUCUGGAAAAGAACAGACUGAAUAGCUGUAUUAAAGAAAAUGGCGGGCAGAUUAAAUUUGUAUUAAAUCAUGAGUGUACCCAUGUAAUCAGUGCUGGUGUUGAUGCACUCAGUUCUAUUCAUCUGAAAACCAUCCGGAAGUAUCAGAUGCCCAUUGUAGGUGCUGACUUCAUAUGGAACUCAGUCAAAGAAAGAAGACUUUUACGGACUGGUGACUUUGAGCUCCCGCAAUCUUUGACAUGCAUCCCUGAUACAGAAAGUUCUUGUGGACUAGCAGCAGUUUGUGGAGAUGACCUUUGGAAGGAGAAGGAGGCUCCUGACAAGAGUGACCAUGACGACAGCAAGACGAAUGGCAGCAACAACAUGGGUGAGCUAAGUUCCAGGUGGUUUUCAAAUAAUGAUGAAAAUAUUCCUUAUUUCCCUGAAGACUUUUUGGUUGCAAAAUAUGAUGUCCUUGAACAGAUUACAGCACCUGGUGGGUAUGUUGUCGUUGAACUUCAGUGUUCUCAGCAGCAAUGCGAUUAUCGUUUCCGCAUUAGUGCACACUACAGUCUGUUAGAUGGACAUGAGGACCAGAUACGAUUUAUACCGACAAAGACUUCUGAAGAGGCUAGGAAAGUCUAUGUGGAUUGUACUGAACAUCUGAAGAAGGAGAAUUUUCAGUUCAGAUCAAACUUCCCGCGUGAAAUAGAAUAUUUAGCCUCAGUAAAACUGCAAGAGAUGCUUAUAGCAGAAGCCAUGAAUUCCAGUUUUUUGUCUGAAACAGUCAGUAUGUUUGUGGAACUGAUCUGGGUUGAAGCACUUGGACACCUGACUCAUCUGUUGGAUAAACCUGUAACUGACAUCAGCCUCAAUGAUGUGAGCAGAGCAGAAGGUAUUUUACUUCGGACAAAGAAGGCACUGGAUGAAGAGGAAUCUCCAAACGAGCAAGUUGCGAUAAUGUCAGAGUUUUAUAAAAUCAUACCACACAAAAGCGGGAUGGAUUGUAUUGUUACCAAAAAGCUGUUAUCGAACAAGCAGGAUCUCUGUCAGCUAAUCAGGGACAUGCUGAAUGUUCAUGAAACAAAUCUGUCAAUUCCUAACCCAUCAUCCCUUUCCAAGUAUCGAGCUCUAAGAUGCAGGAUAGACCCUGUCUUGACAGUUGAAGAAGAGUUCCAGAAUAUUAAACAAAAGAUGAGCCAAUAUAUUAGUGAACAACCUGUAGAAGUUUUGCAGAUAUAUAAAGUUGGCAGAAUGACAGAAGUAGCGGGUUUCGAGAGUCAUCUUGGCAAUGUUCAGUGUUUAUACCAUGCUUCAUCUGCUCGCAACUUUGUUGGAAUCCUCUCUCGGGGACUCCUUUUGCCAAAGAUGGUGGUUGAAGAGCAUGGCUUGGAAAGAACUGACUGCGGGAACUUGGGCAGCGGUAUUUAUUUCAGUAACUCCAUAAGUGCAAGCGUUAACUACUCUUGGCCAAACAAAACAGAUGGAACUCGUUUGUUGCUGAUUUGCGACGUAGCACUUGGGAAUUGUUGGGACACAUGUCAGAUGGACAGUUCAUUAACCACAGCACCAUCAGGCUAUGACAGUGUGCAUGGAAUUGCCAAGAAAAAUGGCAAACGAAAAAAGGGAAGAGAUUUUAAGGAUGACGAAUUUGUGGUGUACAGAACUAGUCAGGUCAGAAUCAAAUAUGUGGUCAAGUUCCGCUUUGCCAAUGACAAAGUAAAGGAGUUCCAGCCUGUAAUUCAGAAAGAUGAGGCAAGACCACCUUCCCUAGAGCAGCUGUCACAGCCCGAAGAUUAUAAAAUGCCAAGCAAAAAUCUUCUGAAUGAUGUGACUGCUGGUCUUCUGGACAGAUCUGGAAAUCAAGUUCCUCUUAAAGAUGUUCAUAUCAAGGGAAGAAUAAUAGACUUUGUAGCAGAGGUUGUGGUGUUUCAGGUCUAUGACAAUCAAGCUAACAGCCCCAUUGAAGCGAAAUACGUCUUUCCUUUGGAUGACACAGCGGCUGUAUGUGGAUUUGAGGCUUUCAUUAAAGGGAAGCAUAUAAUUGGAGAGGUUAAAGAGAAGGAGAAGGCGCACCAAGAAUACAGAGAAGCCAUCAGUCAAGGACAUGGAGCUUACCUGAUGGAUCAGGAUGCACCUGACAUCUUUACUGUUUCUGUGGGAAACUUACCACCUGCAACCAAGGUCCUCAUCAAAAUCACCUACAUAACAGAGCUCAGUUAUGAGAAUGGAUGCCUUUCCUUUCACCUGCCGGCUGCCGUGGCACCUUGGCAACAAGACAAAGCAUUGAAUGAAAACACACAGGAUUCGGUAAGGAAAGUUUCCAUUAAGCAAGUAGGAACAAGACCAGGUGGAUUCUCUUUGGAUAUGUCACUUGAAAUGCCAUUCAGAAUCAAUCACAUUAGCAGUUGGACACAUCAGCUUGAAAUAAAGAAAACAGACUGUAAAGCUGUGAUCCGUAGUGUUGGGGCCAGUUUCUUGGAUGUCAGUGGCUUUGCUAUGGAUAUCUUGAUUGGUGAUGUACACUUGCCCAGAAUGUGGGUAGAAAAGCAUCCAGACAAGGAGAGUGAGGCAUGCAUGCUUGUAUUUCAGCCAGAGUUUGAAGCAGCAUUUGACCCUCUAUGUAGCUGUGACGAAAUUAUAAUCUGCCUCGAUUGCUCCAGUUCCAUGGCAGGUUCAGAAAUCCAGCAAGCCAAGCAGAUUGCAUUAUGUGCUCUAGAGUCGUGUCAUUUUGUUACAGGAAAGAUAAGCAUUAUCAAAUUUGGCACAAGUUUUGUAGAAUUUCCUUUCAAUCCUGAACCUUACACAACAGAUUUUGCAGCCCUGAAGGAAUUUACUAUAUCUGCCACAGCUACAAUGGGAAACUCUGAUUUAUGGAAGAUAUUGCAUUACCUGAGUUUGCUGUACCCCUCUGAAAGCAAGCGCAACAUUCUUCUAAUAUCUGAUGGACAUAUUCAAAAUGAAGGCAUGACUUUGCAGAUUGUGAAGAAAAAUGCACAACAUACUAGAAUAUUCACAUGUGGAGUUGGCCCCACAGCAAAUCGUCACAUGUUGAGAUCUUUAUCCCAGUACGGAGCUGGAGCCUUUGAAUAUUUUGAUGUAAAAUCAAAGUAUAAUUGGGAGAGAAAGAUAAAGAGUCAGACAACUAGAAUGUUUUCUCCGGGAUGCAAUGCCAUUUCCAUUAAAUGGCAACAGUUUGAUACAGAUGCGCCCGAGCUAAUGUAUGCUCCUGCUCAGAUACAGUCUCUCUUCAGUCAAGAUCGUCUUCUAAUCUAUGGAUUUAUCUCACAUUGUACUCAGGCCACUUUAAACGCACUAAUAGAUGACAAAGAACUGCAGACAAUGGUGUCCACAACUGAACUGCAGAAGACAACAGGAACUAUGCUCCACAAACUUGCAGCUAGAGCCUUCAUUCGAGAUUAUGAGCAAGGGAUUCUUGAUGAGGAUGAAACUGAACAUGAGAUGAAAAAGCAGCUGUUGAAGUCCCUGAUCAUUAAGCUCAGCCUGGAGAACUCCAUUGUGACCCAGUUUACCAGUUUUGUGGCAAUUGAGAAAAGGGAUACAAAUGAAGAACAGACUGCUGAUACUCUGAAUAUUUUGGAACUUGUAGCCAAGGAGGAUGUGGACAUCUUACCCUACAUGCAUUAUCAGCCGAAAACACAUGCAGCAACUUUUCCUAGAAAAAUGUCUACGCUUGCCCUUGCUGGUACUGAGCUUGAAGCAGCAGAUGAGAGUCCUGUUCCAGUAUUUUUUAAAAGGAAGAUUAGAUUCCCCAGUGAUACGCAGUCACAUGAUAUGCAGUCAGCUGUCUUACCGGUGCCACCGUAUCUUUCUUCAGUGUCACGUCUUGCAUGCUCUUCCAUUUUGCCGGCUUACGAGAAACUUUCAUCACCGGCAGCUGACAUGUCUGGUCCUCAUCCCAGUGUUGAUUUGCUGAUGUCUGAGGUUUCCGUCGCUGAAACCGAGCUUGAAGCAUCAGAUGAGAUCUGUGCUAAAAAGAAAUUGAAAAAAAAACUGAGAUAUUCCCACGCUAUACAGCCACAGACCACCAUCUGGUCACCACCUGCUCUUCACGGGCAAUGUCUUGAUGAUACACCACUCUUUUCCACACAGUUGUUCCAACAGAAACAUUCAUUACCAGCAGGUUUCAAGUCUGGUACUGGUUUCACCUUUGAUUUGCAGAUUCCUCCUGCUUCCAUUGUUGGACCUGAGCUUGAACAUAGAUCCUUUGCCUUUGGUUCUGGAGUAUAUGGAACUGUGAAAAGACAGAGUGCGUCUUCCUUCAGUGAGCUUCAGAGAACUCCUCCUCCUCCUGUGUCGGGAGACAUACCGUAUUCAUUUCCCGAGAAACUUUCAAGUGCAAUUGGCUUGUCUGGUUCUGCUCUCUGUUUGGAUUCGCAAGCAAUCCCCCAACCCUGUAGCUUGAGGAAAUUCAGUAUGCGUCAACAGAAAGAUCCACUUCCACCUACAAGUGUUGCACAUGAUGUAAAACUAAGGGGUUCACUUCAACAACAAUUCCCUCAACUGUUAUUUCCAGGGCUGGGAGCUGCACAGACAUUGGUAAAUCCUCUUUGGGGAGAGCCAAGAAUGAGUGAUGACAAACACCCAAAGGAAACCAAUGAAGCUUCACACAGGAUGGAUCAUCCCUAUCCUAGACCCUUUAAUGCAGCUAUAUAUUCUGCGAAAAAUUUAAUGGAGACGAAGACAAAAAAAAAAAAGUGUGCAAUGUUCACUGCACAGAAGCCACUAAGGAUUGUACCCUGGCCUCAGCUCUUUAAUCUCCAGAAUCAGGAUGGCUUUUGGCAGCUUACCCUUGAGCUUGGGAGCCUUCUGGAUCUUGAUGUGGAUUAUUUAGUCAAUGUUUCACUUGCAAAAAAGGGAAUUAAUUCACUCGGCCCCAAGGGAAAAGAGAAGCUGUUGCGGUUGAUGGCUACACUUUUGGUGCUACAGGUUAUACAUUUCAACCAACUGGAAGGCCUUGUGUUCAAAUCUCUAACGAAACUCAGUGAUUCUCCCCGAUCAUGGGCAUUUGAUCCAGUAAAGAAAGCAGUUGAAUGGGCAAGAAGAACUGAACAAGAAUUUCCAGCUAUAUGCCAGCGUUUUGAACUUGGGAAAGACUGGGACUUCGCCAUUAAGAAGCUGCUGUGUACUGAAGAGACUCGGGCUGGCACUGGCAUCGUUCUCCCUCCCUCUUCCUCUUAGUAUUUAAUCACAUCAGGUUUUGAUUACCAGAAAAAAGUGCCAUCAUCUAUUUCCUUGGCUACAAUCAUAAAUAUGCAAAAAUUGCUGAUCCUAUAUGAUUAAGAUUUUGGCUUCCUAUCUAUAUAUUUUUAUUCAAAAAUGCAUUUAUCUUUUGGCUUCAUAGCUAUACAUUUUAUCAUGUAGCUUUGAUAUUCCAGAUUGUAACCAAAAAUAUAAGAAAGCAUGAACCAAAGUAGUCCAGAAAAUUGUCUAAACAGUAGGGUCUGUUUCCUUCUGUGAGUUCUUAUUCUGUGUUGUUGUUUUAUAAAAUGGUUGGUUUCAGUUUUAGGGGAUGUUCUGAUCAGUAAGUUCAGAAAUUCACAGACGUCAAAAGUUUAGUUAAGGAACCUGGUAGUUGUGGGGAAAUGAAAUCUAAAAUUUUAUAAGCAGGUGGCGGGGGUGAAGCUUAACAUGUUUGGGGAAAUGGAAAUCACUUCCAGGUUAACUGUGUAGUCUUUUAAAAUAUAAAACCAAUUUCCACCAAUGCAACUGAUUCAAUAAAAAUGUCUCAAAA